AUGGUUUCUCCCUUGCAGAACAGUCUGGAUUUAUUGACAGGCUGUGAGCCACUAAGUCUUUGGUAUCAAACUCCAGCUGUGAAGCCAGACCCCCCCGUGAAUGUGACCUUGCAAGCCGUACCAGGGAAGCUGAAGAUGUUAGUGAAGUGGGACCCUCCCCCUUCCUGGUCCGACCACACCCUCUUCCCCCUGAAGUACCAAGUCAGAUACCACUGGGACAACAAGGGUACCCCACAUGAGAUCACUUUGGAUCCGUUUGAGGACACCAAGAAAGUUCUACCAGGGCUGUCUCCUGAGAGGUAUUAUCGAGCUCAGGUGUGUUCCAUGGAUCUGAUGUGGCUGGGACAGAGCAGUGACUGGAGCCUACCUAUUACUGUCACCAUGCUUGCACACUGA